AGCUAUACGGGGCGGCGAGGCUAUUUCAUGCAGGAAUACUCGCUUCAGCCCGCUGUCUUCUAAGCCUGCCUCAACCCCUGGGACUUUGGGGGUGUUGUGUGCACCGCCCGCCCGAGCUCAGUAGGUGCCGGUGAACUGCUAACCAAGAGAAAGCGUUCUUCUGGUUCCUUCAACCGAAGAUGAAGCAGGAGUCUUUCCGAAGAGCAGCCUAUACUGUGGAAUGUAAGGAUUAUGUGCAUGUGGUAGAAUUCAAUCCAUUUGACUGUGGCACUGCAGAAUCACUCAUUGCAUAUGGUGGCAAUAAUUACGUAGUUGUUGGGACUUGCAGAUUCCAGGAAGAAGAUGCAGCAGUAGAAGGAAUACAAUAUAAAACUCUCAGGACUUUUCAACAUGAAAGCAGAGUUGAUGCCGUUGUGUGGAGCCCAGAAACUAGACUUGAUGCUUUACCUCCCCAUAUAAGAUUUUGUACUGCUGCUGCUGAUAAGAAGUUAAGGUUAUUCACAUCGGACCUCAAAGAUAAGAAUGAAUAUAAGACUUUGGAAGGCCAUUCAGAUUACAUUAAUGAUUUGGUAUUUUCACCUAAAGGCCAAGAAAUUGCAAGUGUGAGUGAUGACAACACAUGUAGAGUCUGGGAUUUAGAAGGAAAUUUAAGAGCUUAUUUUGUUCUGCGGUCUCCUGGAAUGAGUGUGGGCUGGCAUCCUGAGGAUGCAUUCAAGUUGAUGGUAGCAGAAAAGAAUGGAACGAUUCGAUUCUAUGAUCUUGUGACACAUCAGGCUAUCUUGUCUCUCACAACCGAUCAAACACCACUAAUGUCAGCAAGCUGGUGCCUAAAAAAUACUUUUAAAAUUGGAGCAGUUGCAGGAAAUGACUGGUUUAUCUGGGACAUUACUCGAUCUAGUUACCCUUUGGAUAAAAGGCCUGUCCACGCAGAUCGAGCCAGGUUAUUCAGAUGGUCCCGAGUGAAUGAAAACUUGUUUGCUACUACUGGCUAUCCAGGAAAAAUGAUCAGUCAACUUCUGGUUCAUCAUUUAGGUCAUCCUCAGCCUAUCCUUAUUGGUUCUGCACCCUUAGGAUCUGGUUUAACCUGGCACAGGACCCUUCCACUAUGUGCCAUGGGAGGAGAUCAUAAAGUAUAUUUUUGGGUGACCGAAAUGUAAAAAAUUAUAUCUACUGUAUAGUGGUUUAAAGUAUCAGAUAAUGAUUAAGGAAGGGAAGAGUUGAAGUAAUAUAGUUGGCUUAUUUUAUACUUUUUUUACAGAAACAUUGCUUUUUAAUGAAGUUCUGAAGAUUUUAGACUUUCUAGUUUUAGAAGUGCAGCUGGAUUUAACAGGGCAUUGUACUCAACGUUUUCUGUACAAAUCUUGUUGAAAUAAUAUCUUGCGCAAAUUUUCAUUUGUUUAAAAGGAAGUGCAGUCAAGAUAAACAGUUAAAAUAGAUUGCCUACAUAGAUAGAUACAGACUUUGAUACAAUUACCAGCAGAGUAAGAAUGGCUAAAAAUGUUGGUUCAGAUGCCAUUUCAGCCUGGAAUGUUCAUUGACAAAGCAUAGUAAAAUCUUCUAAUAGUGAAUAUUUCUUAAUAAAAAUUGAUUCCUGAUAUGAAUGUGUAUAUCUGUGAUACCAAGAAGUGCUAUGCUAACUGAAGAUAGCAAGAAAUGAUGUGGUUGGAAUAAAUAAUCUCAUUUAUUGGCUGCUAACUUUUACAACUGAAUAUAUUGAGAACAAAGACAAAUCCAAAAUGAACAAACAGGUAGUCAAUUUCUACAAUGAAAUUAAAUUGUAUACAUAACAGAUCUUAAGAACAUUUUUUUUCUCAUGAUAAACUAGAACUCAAUUUUUCCAGGUUGUUGAAUAAUGGGCAAAAUCCAUCCUUCAGUUGCUUGAAAAUUAAAUAUGUCCAUAAACUUUCAUUUUUCUGAUUUGGACCUGCACAAGACAAUGCUUUUGAAGAUUGAGCUGUAAUAAAGACUGAACUUUUUAUAACUGCAAAAUUCAAACAUUUAUUUAUUUAUUUCAUAUGAUAGUAUGUGAUGGGAGAGGUUCUUGUAAACUGAGAUGAUACAAAUCAGACACAAAUGUUUUUAAUUAAACAUGUUUUAAAUAAAUUUGCUUUUCUGAA